AUGCCGCUUAACUGGUACCUAUUGAAGACGACCGGGUCGAUGACCAGGGCCAACACCUACAUUCGGAAGUUCACCGAGGGAUCAGAGCGCAGCGGCGUGCUCAGCACAGCCCCCAAACUGCCGAAGAAGAAAAGUACCACGUUCAGGGUCUCGGAAUUGGAUCGCAUUUCCUACCUUUCCUCUUCCUCCCGGAGGAGCAGGGGGACGAGCAACCGUUCGGGUCAGUUAAAAGAGCCCAAGAAAGCCCAAACGCUGGACACCUGUCCCUUGCACUCCAAUGCGAUCCCCAAAAAGGAGCCAGUGGUUCAGGACACUCCCUGCAUGCGGGAGUUUUUCAACGAGGUGCGGGAGCGGGAGCUCAAGAGCUACUAUCUGCAGAUGAAGGCUGCCCAAAGGGUUCCAGCUCCGGCCCAUUUGUGUUCGGACUGUGGCCUGCCAAAGCGGGACAAGAAGGAUCUUAGCCAGAACAUUUACUGUUCCGGAGAUAUGAACUUGCGGCGAAGUAGAGCUCAGCACGGUGAUCGGUGUAGGGAUCUCACUUGGUUGUGGAACUCCUCCGCGGCAUAUCCCCAUUCAAGAAUGAGUUGA